AUGGUGUUGGCCUGGGUCGAGGUCUUCAUGGAUCAUGUUGAGGGUAACCACUCUGAAUGUGCCGAGGACCUGUUGGAUGUGGACAACUCCAAAGCCAAACUGAAAAGCAGUGCUAAAACAAAACGUGGACUUAAGGCCGAAAAUAGCAAUGUUUCCAAGCGGGAGAAGGCACCCCCAAAUGGAUUCCUGGCUCAGAAAGACACUGACCAGGUGGUUGAACGCAAGCCAGCGUCAAAAUCGCGUGCCAAGUCCAAGCCUCCUCUCCGUCGCCCUCUUAGCCUAGACAUGACACCUCAGCGCUCGCGACGGUCUCUGGAGCACACGGCAGACAGGCGGCUUUUGCAACCACCUUGGCGCAGCGGUUCGGCCGCCCCGUCGCCCCCCAUUCGUAGCUUGACCAGCCUCGGCAUGGGUGCCGGAAGUUGGAUGCGGCGCAGUGAGAGCACGUGCUCAGUCAACCAAUCUCUGAGUCUGCGUGCUAAAAGGGGACAAAUGCGACCCGCGACCUCCCUACCACACAUCGGGAGAAGCAUGGGAAGCAGCACCGUUCCCCCCUCCACAAAGCCAUGUCUGCUUGUUGCACUCAGGCCUCUGAACCUUGAAGAGGAGAAGCAUAAGUUCUUCCAGUUAAACUACAACUAUGAACCCCAAUUUGAGUAUGCAGAGCCAGAACUACAGUCUGUGCUAGACAAGUACAGCGAGGGGUCCGGCCUUUUUCUCGACCAGGCUGUUGAAAUCAUGGAGUGUGUCUUGAAGAAAUUUGGCUCCUAUGAAACUUUUGAAGAGGUCACUGGUGGGACUGUACUUCCUAAAAGUCAAGUGUGGGCCACCGUGCGGAAAUAUUUGCAAAAGGAAGACUGUGUUGGGGAGGUUGUGGUGCGUCUAUCUGACGAGCUGCUAUCUCAGGCAGUCAUGAUGGUAGAGAGCUGUCGGCCCACUUUAACCAUUAACCUGGCCGGAGCUCGUCAGUUCUGGUUGGAGGGGAUGCUGAGACACGAAAUAGGUACACAUUAUCUGCGAGGGUUCAACAACAGUCUUCAGCCAUGGGGCACACCAGAGGGCAGAAAGCAAUUUGGCCUGAAACCAGCUAAUCCUACUGAGGAGGGGUUGGCCAGCCUGCACAGCGUGUUGCUACGGAAGCAGCCAUACCUGUGGCGCGCGGCUCUUCUUUAUUAUACGGUUUUCCAUGCCGGCCACAUGAGCUUUAGCCAGCUCUUCAGUCACGUUGAACGCUUUGUUCAGCAUCCGGACGUCCGCUGGGAAUACUGCUUGCGUGCCAAGAGAGGACUGACAGACACUUCGCUACCUGGCUGCUUCAGUAAAGACCAAGUUUACUUAGACGGGAUUCUGCGGAUACUUCGGCAUCGAAGGGACAUCGACUUCAAGAUGUUGACUUCCUUAGGAAAGGUCUCCUACGAAGAUGUGGAAAGGUUGCGGCAUUUGGCAGUCAUGGACAAUGCCAGAAUCCCACAUUUCAUGCGAGACCAGGAGCGGUACCUUCAACAUCUGGAUCACAUCGUUGCUGUGAACAAAGUUGACGAUUCAACAUUACAGCAAUUGCUUCCUUGA